GGCUGCUUUUCGCUUAAAGUAAAUAUGAUUUUAAUCCGAGAUUUAUUUAAUAAUUUUUAUAUGUAUAAUAGUUAUUAGUGAUUUGUAUGACUUUUGGGAUAAUAAGUUCGUCUUCCACAUUUUUGUAAUGAUAAGAAUCAAAGAAUCACAUUACUGUUCGCCUGUUUUAUAGUAUAUUUUCAUUAAUAUCAUUUACUCGUCAUGAUGGAUAUAAUACAUGACGAAGACAGGAAAAGAAGACUACGUCUUCUGGAGGAGCGAAUUCAAGAUCCUCACAGUAAGGGUAAUAUUGAUUCUCUACUGGAUACGGUGCAAGCCCUGUAUACCGAUUGUGACCAUGCUGCCAUAAAAAAACUGAAAAAUGUGGAGGUUUACUUAAAUAGAUAUGAUGAAUUCGCUAGUGAUAUAAUCAACCUUCGCAUGAAAACCGAUGACUUUGAGCACAUCAAGGUAAUAGGUCGGGGUGCCUUUGGAAAAGUCCAACUAGUCCGUCACAAGUACACCAGACAGGUGUACGCUAUGAAGAGGCUGAGCAAGGCCGACUUAAUCAAACGCUCCGACUCGGCGUUCUUCUGGGAAGAACGCCAUAUCAUGGCCCACGCAAAAUCCGAGUGGAUCGUACAGUUACACUUUGCAUUCCAAGAUGCGAAACAUUUGUAUAUGGUGAUGGAUUACAUGCCUGGCGGUGACAUCGUCAACUUGAUGUCAAACUAUGACAUACCCGAAACGUGGGCUAAGUUUUACACGAUGGAGGUGGUGUUAGCAUUAGACAUUAUACACUCUAUGGGUUUCGUUCAUAGAGACGUCAAACCUGAUAAUAUGUUGCUGGAUAAGUACGGCCAUUUGAAGUUGGCCGAUUUCGGCACUUGUAUGAGAAUGGAUGAGGAUGGUCUCGUUAGGUCUAACAACGUGGUUGGCACACCUGAUUAUAUUUCGCCGGAGGUGCUUCAGAGCCAUGGAAAAGGGAUAUACGGACGAGAGUGUGACUGGUGGUCGGUGGGCAUAUUUGUUUAUGAAAUGCUCGUCGGAGAAACACCAUUUUACGCCGACAGCCUUCUCGGCACCUACAACAAAAUUAUGUACCACGAGAGUAACUUAUCGUUUCCCGAAGAAAUAGAAAUAUCAAACGAGGCGAAAUCUCUGAUACAGGGUUUAUUAUGUGAUAGAACUAAGCGUUUAGGGAGGAAUAGUGUAGACGAAAUAAAGAACCAUCCAUUUUUUAUUAAUAGCGAACAGUGGACGUUUGACAAUUUACGCGAUAUGGCCCCUCCGGUUGUACCUGAACUUACGGGCGAUGACGACACCAGUAAUUUCGACGACUACGAGAAGGACGAAACCCCGGAGGAGGUCUUUCCUGUGCCAAAUAGCUUUGUAGGGAACCACCUGCCGUUCAUAGGUUUUACAUACAACUCGGAUUAUCAGUUGCUGACCAGCGACGCAGUAGAUAAUAAAGCACUUAAUGCGAUUAUUGAUAGUAAAAAUAUAAAUGCUCAAGUGAUUAAGUUGGAGUCGCUAUUAGAGCAGGAGAAGUCAAAUGUAGAUACGUUAGAGGCUAAACAACGAAUCUUACUGGCUCAAUUAGAAACGAUAGCUCAAAGAGAAAGUGAUCUAAGGGAAGAGGCUACUAAGUACGAGAAAGAAAAUACUUUACUCAAACACAAUUGCAAAGAACUGCAACGUAAAGCAGAAUGUGAAAGCGAGAAGAGAAAAAACACAGAAAAGCUGCUGACCGAGUUAAAGAAAAGGUACGAAGAAGAACAAAACAAGCGUACCAGGGAAAUGAACAACAACCAGCAGCAUAACGACAAAAUCCACGUGUUAGAAAAACAAGUGAACGAAAUGCAAGAGAAACUUAAAGUAGAGACUGAAAAUUGUCAGAGAUUGAGGAAGCAAGCCAAUGAAUUGACGAUGGCAAAGUCUAGCUCAGAGCUCAAAGUUACAGAAUAUCAAACAAUGCUUCAAACCCUGCAGUCACAGCGUGACAGUCUUCAGUCGGAAGUGGCUUCUCUACAAGACCAAUUGACCCAAGAGAAGAACUCUAGGUCUCAAGCUUCUGACCAACAGAUGGUGCUCGAGAACAAACUACAGUCGCUGAAUGCGGAGAUGGAGAGACUUCGACAGAAAGAGAUGAAAACCGCAGCUGACAACAGUCAGUUAACUGAAAGAAUUUCGUUUUUAGAAAAGGAAUGCGCCAGUUUAGAUUUGGAGUUGAAGGCUGCUCAGAACAUGUACCAGCAGGAAGUAAAAGCACAUGAAGAAACGGAGAAGAGCAGGAUGCUUAAUAAAGAGGAGGCUAAUUUAGAAGUAGUGAAAGCUUUGCAGACCAAACUAAACGAAGAGAAGAGCGCAAGACAAAAAGCGGACUUGAACUCACAAGAAAAAGAGAGGCAAAUAUCAAUGUUGUCGGUCGACUACAGGCAAAUCCAGCAACGGUUGCAGAAACUGGAAGGGGAAUAUCGGCAGGAAGUCGAGAAAGUUAAAGCUCUUCAUAGUCAGAUAGAACAAGAACAACAGAAGAAGACCAUCUUGCAGUCUGAAGUCGGGCAGCAAGCUACUGAACUCGCCAAAUUAAAAGCAAGAGAAUCUCAGUUAACUGCGGAAUUAACUAAGUUGCAGGAACUUAAGAGAACUCUUGAGGAAGAACUACUGAGAGUGAAAAGCAAUUGGCAAAGGGACCAACUCCAGAUGAAGGAAUUGCAGGAAUCCUUAGAAACGGAGCAGUACUUCUCAACCCUGUACAAAACCCAAACCAACGAACUCAAGGAGGAAGUCGACGAGAAAAAUAGGAUAAACAAGGAGUUUGAAGAGGAGAGAGUCUCUUUGAAACACCAGUGCCAGAUAGCGCUUGCCAGAGCGGAUUCUGAAGCCCUUGCUCGAUCUAUUGCUGAAGAGACGGUGGCCGACCUUGAGAAAGAAAAGACCAUGAAGGAACUCGAGCUCAAAGACUUACUUGCCAAACACAGGAAUGAGAUAAACACGAAAGAAGUGACGAUAAACACUUUCAAAGACCGCGAGCUGGAAUAUAAGAAAUUGAAUGAGCAGUUGCAAAAGGAAAAAGAGGAACUCAACAGGCAAUUCAAACAGUUGCAAGAAGAAUUCAACAGGAAGAUUGGUAAUAAUGAAGAAAUUGAGAAAUUGAAGGCUAAGCUGCAAACCGAGUCGAUGCUCAAACAACAGGCUGUUUAUAAGUUGCACGAAAUUAUGAACAGGAAGGACCUGAGGGAUACCGGCAAAGGUAAAUCGAAGAUUUCCAGUGCCGAUCUGAGAAGGAAAGAGAAGGACUUGAAGAAAUUGCAGCAAGAAUUAAGUCAAGAGAAGGAUAAGUAUAACCAGAUGAUUACCAAUUUCCACAAGAACGUUCAAGACAUAAACGUUCAACUCAAUGAAGAAAUUGCCGCUAAACAGCGCCUGCAAAUGGAACUAGACAGCAAAGAUGCCGAAAUUGAGCAACUCCAAUUGAAACUGUCUGCUUUGAACAGUGAAACGGCCUCUUUGAGUUCGGCAGAUAACGACGGCGACGAACUAAACUCAGACUGCGUGUUCGAGGGGUGGCUGUCUAUUCCGUCCAAGCAAAAUAUAAGAAGGCACGGCUGGAAGAAGCAGUACGUCGUCGUUUCUAGUAGAAAAAUAAUUUUCUAUAAUUCCGAUAAUGAUAAGCUGAACUCCGAUCCUGUGAUUGUACUCGAUCUCUGUAAAGUGUUCCACGUGAGGUCGGUGACCCAGGGGGAUGUGAUUCGAGCCGAUUCCAAAGAUAUCCCUCGAAUAUUCCAGUUGCUGUACGCGGGAGAGGGCGAGGCGAGGAAAACCGAGGAACAGAGCAACACCCUGGACGUCAGUUCCAUAAGGAGCUUCGAGGAUAAGCCCGGAUGCAUCGUGCACAAAGGUCAUGAGUUCCUAAGCAUCUCUUACCACAUGCCGACUACUUGUGAGGUUUGUCCGAAACCAAUGUGGAAUAUGUUUAGACCCCCACCUGCUUUAGAAUGUAGACGAUGUAGGAUAAAAAUUCACAAGGACCAUUUGGAUAGAAAGGAGGACACCGUGCCUCCUUGCAAGCUACACUACGAUCCUUCCUAUGCCAAAGAAUUGCUGCUCCUGGCCGCGUCCCAGGAGGAGCAGAAGCAAUGGGUCACCAGACUGAGCAGGAAAAUACAGAAAUGCGGGUUCAAAGCCAAUAAUUCAAAUGCCAUAGAUUCUGCUAAGAUAUCCCCUAGGGAAUCAACUCGUUCUAAUCUGAAGCCAUACUUGAAUGCCCAACAAAGAUCUGCUACUCUACCUGCUAAUACAUCUAUGAGCAGCAAAUGACAAUUAAAGUAACCCAUUACUGAAAAAUCCCAUUCAUUUACAAAGCGCUUUUUUCUUCAUCACUAAUUUAUUUGAUACAAUCUGUGAUAUCUAUCUCGUUGCAAGUUUGUAUCAGAACAUCUUGUUAAAUAUUUAGAUAGUCUAUUUACAGAGGCACUAAAGUUCUUAAUUAGAACAUAAUCAUGCAUUGUAACAUAAUUGAAAAUUAGUAUUGCCUAGUUAUUCUAAUCGAAAGCUUCACGGUUUCCUGAAUAAUGGAAAAGUUAGGUUGCUGUUUUUUUUUAAAUUAGAAUUGUUAUUUAGUCUAGUAAAUAGAGUUGCGAUUAAAUUCGGUUUGGUUUUGUGUUUCAUAAAUCUUAGUAAUGCUCAAGUCUAUCUUAUGAGUGCCAUGCAACUGGCAAUUUAGAACUUGUAAAAAAAUUAAAACUACUGUGACACCAGCCUCAGGUGUAGACGAUAUUACCUCUAGUCUAUGAAAUUGUUUUGGUGACAUUUUGAGUACUCUGGAUUAAUACUUUUAUUUUGAAAAUGAAUGAUGAAAAUUUAUAUUGUACUCCUGUAUUAGAAAGAAUGUAAGAGGAUUUUGUGACUGAUUAAUGUGAGGUAUAUGGAAGAAAUGAGGAAUUAAUCAAAAUCACAGUGCACACUUUUAGUGACAAUAUUGGUUUACUAGACUAUCUUUAGUAAUCUGCUAGGAAAAAGGUGCUAAUGAUGUUUCGUUGAGGCUAACAUUUAUUCUACAGAACUGUAAAUAAUCAUACGGCUUUCUACGUUUGUUCUAAAGAGAAUAUUCUAAUUUCGAAUUACAUACCUCUGUAUGUUUUCUCAAAAAUAUCUCAGUAAGUACACUUUAAGUAAUAAACAAAUUCUUUUUGGGACAAAUGUGUUUUCCCAGAGUGAAAUAAGAAGUGUUUCCAGUCGCAUUUUGCAGUAUGUAUUAAGUUUAUACGAAUUAAAAUUACAUAUCAUUAUAAGUAGUAAAUUUUUAAUUUCUUCGUUAGUAUAAUAGGCUUGAAAAUAUUUACAAUAUUUUGAAAAUACUUCGACACUCUGGGGCGUUUUAUCAUGACAUUCCUUAAAGUACAGUACUUUAUUUAAUUUUGUAUAUUUUUUUGUUGUUUGUUUUGAAUUGUACAAAAUAUUUUAAAGAAAAAAUGGAUUAAUGUACAUGUAUUUAUUAUUCUACCUAUAAAAUCCCGUUUCUUUAAGUCAAAUAUAAGGAUAUUAGUGAUCACGAACUUUCCCAAAAGGUCCCCGUAUUGUAAAAGGAAACCACUUUAAAAUAUUUGUACCGAUCAUUGAGUUUGGUUAAAUGAGUUAAAGGUUAACUAACAUUUGACUUUUUGAAUUGGGUGUUUUUUUUUAUCAUGCAGUGUGUGCCUUAUUCUUUUUCUUUUAGUAGUUGAUACUUUUGUAUGACUACAAUAAUUUAAAAAGUGAUUUUGGUGAUGUAAUGUAGGUAUUAAGAUUUUUGCCUUAUGUACACAAACUAUAAACCAAAAUGGACAAUUGUAGAAUAAAUUGUUCUUAUUUAUU